AAAUCAAAAUGAGUCCAGUCAAGGCUCGAGCCCUAGCACAAACAUAUGAGCGCCACCAGGCUUCCCCAGACCCCAGCCAUAUACUUCAUAUAAAUAGUCCGGGUCUGGGUUUCCAUUUGUUGUUUGAUUUGGCGCCAAGGUUACUCACCUCUCGCGCCACUCCCAAUUCCCACACACUCAGUCCUUCCUUCCAACUUCAACUUCUUCUCCAAUGGCGACGCUCCCCUUUCGCCCUCCUCAAUUCUCUGACGAUGUAGCUUGGCUUCCGGCAUGGCUUCAACCUAAUCAAUCCACCGCCUCACCGCAACAUUUGUCUAACGAGGAAGUCUUCCUUCCUUCUCUUCAGAAUGUGGAUCCUUUUGAAGGAGAGAACAGGAAAGAGUCCAACAUUUUGACAAGUAGAGAAAGCAGAUUCAAAAUUUGCCAUUUGUAUCUAUCUGGAGAAGAGAGCUCACCAAUUACCCUCACUCCAUCUUGUGAAAAGCAGGUACGGCAUUUUGAUCUACGUCUUUCAACAGGCGGAACUUCAUCUAUAGUUUCCAAUUCACUUUUAGAUAUCUCACAAGAUGACAAGCUAAAUUCUGCAACAGCUCUUGUUGGCGCUAGAGAAAAGAUCCGGUGCAACACGGACCAUGAUUCUUCUAAAAUGAACAUUGUUCCUUCUCCUUCAGAUGAAAUAUAUUCCGGAUGUUUUGCUAACCGAACUCCAUCUCGUAAUGAUGCCAGACAUAACACAAUUGAGAUCUUUAAUUCCAAGUGUGCUGAAUGUAGUGAUAUUAGUGAUGCCGUGGAGCUCUCUGUCGCUGCAUCAGAAGCAUUAUCCAUACAUAACAUAGUACAAAGUGAAUUGCCUUCAGAAAAUCUGUCUACUUCAGCGAUACUUAAAGUUGCUCUUCGAGUGAAGCAAGCACGACUAGAUGUUUUGAAAGAUUCCUUGUGUUGCUUUAAGGAUUCUGGUAAUAGUGCUGACACCCUUUCAGAUUUAGGUGACUCUGACAUGGAGGAUGCAUAUAAAGAUGUUGGUUUGUCUGUCAGUAAUUUGGGAAAUAUUCCCCUCAUAGAUCCAUCUAUAUCUCGAGUGAAGGAGACUCCUCAGUCAGAAUUUCAUGGAGUGGAUAACGAGGCUCAAUGUGAAAUGCAGGGGGACCAUGAAAUUUAUUACGAUAGAGGUUUUGCGACAGAACUUCAGGAAAGUAACCCGGGAAAAAAUAAAUCAAAAGACUUGGUUGAAAUCUUUGAUAAUGAGAAGCUAGAAAAACUGUGCAGAAACUCAUCACUUGACUUGAUUUUUGAAAAUGAGUCUCGGAAUAGGAAUUUAGAUGAUCUGCAAACAGUACAGGAAGAAACAAAUGACAAGGCAUAUGUAGAUGGCUUCCCCCAUCAACUAGAAGUAAGAGAUUCUCCUCAAUCUCAGCAUUCAAGAAAAGAGCGACUACACUCUAUAUCUACAAUAAGGCAUUCACAUUAUGUAGACAUGAAUGAGGAGAACAACAGAUCAUCAUGUAGAUUCCAAAGCCGUUGGUUUGGUGGUUGGACAGGAUUGGAAGGAGAUGCUUGCAAUGGCAGCAAAUCACCGAGAAGAAAAUCUAUUCCCAAACUUCUUAUUGGCGAGACUAGCUAUCUUUCAGAAUCCAUGGAUGUUAUUCCUGAUCAGAACUCAGUUGUACACAAUCAUCAUCUUAGCUCAAAUGCUGUAGAAUCUGGAAAACCUUUUGAAGAUUCAUGCAACACAGCUAAUAAAGGCGCACUUGUCAGUCAGGAAGUUGCGAAAGAUUCUACGUCAUUUAUUGAUCCUCUUUGUUCAAUGGUUCCCUGUAGCAUUUCCGAAGAAAUUAGUGAUUCCUUUCUGCCUACUAAUAACAAUGUUGAUCAUCAAUUGAUUGAUGCUUUUAGAACUUUACCUACAGAAAUUACAAUGGGAAUUGCCCAGAUAAAUUCUGGUCGCAAUGAUGAGUAUCUGGGCAGACAGAAGCACAAUGAGCUAGUUAUUAAUGAUGUUGGUUCUUUUCCUCUUAUUCGCCGACAGCUGACCUCUCUCAAGAAUUACAGUACCGGACUUCCAGUAAAUUCCUCUAUUUCACCCAAGAGAAGUUUUAGCUUAGGAGAAAAUAAUGCAAGGGUGCUUUAUGGCUGCAUCAACUCCCUGAAUGACAAGGAUUCAACAAAGCAACCACUUGUCAUAUCCACGUCCAACUGUGCUACUGCUAAAAGUAAGCAGGAAGAUAGACCUAUUAAAUUCAUAAUCAGCUCUACUACUGCUACAAAUAAUGAGGAAAAUCAUGUUGCAAAUGCAUGUGGAAGACUGAUACAAGAUCAUUGUGAAAUAAAUGCGGAAAAGAAAGUGGAGCUUCAUGUUCAUCUUGAUAAUAUCCCAACAUCACCUCUUGUCCUAUGCCAUAAGACACGUAGAUUCAAAGCUCCUAAACUCCAUGUUGGUGAUAUCUCAACAGCUAAUCUAUUGGAAGAUCAAGCUCCAUCUUCCAAUGAAAUUUAUCACAAUAUCAGAGAAAUCCCUCAAGGUCCAUCUAGUGACCUUCCCAAAAUUGACAUUCCCACUAGAAAGCGAGUUCAUUUUUCAGAUGCUGACCUCAAAAUUCAAAUGCCUCAAGGACAAUUGAAUAAGAAUCUCAGAAGAACACCCAACAACGAAAAUUGGUCAAGUUGCAGACUGAGGGAUAGGUCUAAGAAGUGUGACAAGGACCAAGGUACUGCUUCUCAAGAAGUAAAAGAGCGUCUUACUAAAUGCCGCAUAAAGGGUAGGAAGAGAACAAUAUUCCAAGGUUUAGACUUUUUGUUAACGGGCUUUUCCAAGAAGAAAGAAAAAGAAAUCGAAGGUCUACUGAGGAAACAUGGUGGAAUGGUCCUUUCUGAUAUCCCUGCUCCACCUCCCCAUUCAAGGAGAAGGAGGUCUCUCAGACUCAAUGCUGAAAGGCUUCCUGUUGUCUUGUGCACAAAGAAGUUGCAAACCACAAGGUUUUUGUAUGGUUGUGCUGUGAAUGCCUUCUUGCUUAAACUUGGUUGGGCAUAUGAUUCCAUUAGUGUCGGUUCUGUCUUGCCUCCUGACGGAUACUUAAUACUAUCCAAUCAGACUACUAGUAUGCUGAACCAAAUUGGAAAAUCAAUUUGUCAAAAUGACAAUGACUACAUCUUUGCCAAAGUUGGAGUCAUGCUACAAGGGACACAUAGUUUCUGUUCGAAAUUGGCUAAAGUUAUUAAGCAUGGACAGGGUCAUGUGUACAAAAGUCUGCAAUGGUUGGCUCAGAGUUCAGAGAAAAAGAAGGUUGAUUUUGGUGUUAUUGUUACAGAGGAUGAGAGUCGUGCAACUCGCCACCUGAAGAAGUGUGCCUCUGAGCAGAAUAUUGCUGUUGUGCCGGCUAGAUGGAUCACAAAUAGCUUAUUUGAAGGAAAGCUACUUCCUGUAAAGGAAAAUUACCAGUCGUCUACUCAACGGACAAUCAGUGUUCCCGAAGUGUCUGUUUUACUGGAGUGCAGUCAAGAGAUCUGAUUUUGAUUUCAUCAUGAAAGUCCACAAGUCUCCUCAACUUCAUAUUCUUUUAUUUUAUUUUGGCUGGUAAGGAAAUGUGCCCUACUAGAUUGAUAUAUUUUUCUUUUACGAGUUUGAUAGUUUGAUUUAUUUGUGAUAAUUAUCACUAGCAAUGUAUAAAAAUUUCAAUAUGUAAAUUAUGUAAAUAUUGUACAUCUAAUGUUUUGUAACCCACACCAUAAGUUAUGUAAAUCAAGCCUUUAAGUGAAGCUUCUUCUGGUUAA